GGGCGCGGGGCGGGCGGGCCGAGCCGGGGCCGAGCCGAGGCCGAGCGGAGCCCAGCGGGGACCGAGCCUGCACCCUGUCUGUGCCCGCCAUGCCCGGCCGCCCCGAUGACUAUGAGGUGCUGCUCACCAUCGGCGCCGGCUCCUACGGGAAGUGCCGCAAGGUGCGCCGCAAGGCCGACGGCAAGAUCUUGGUAUGGAAGGAGAUGGACUAUGGCUCGAUGACAGAGUCAGAGAAGCAGAUGCUCGUUUCGGAGGUGAACCUGCUGAGAGAGCUGCGGCACCCGAACAUCGUCCGGUAUUACGACCGGAUCAUCGACAGGAGCAGCACGACCCUGUACAUCGUGAUGGAGUACUGCGAUGGGGGAGACCUGGCGAGCUUGAUUGCCAAGUGCUCAAAAGAAAGGCAUUUCUUGGAAGAAAGCUUUGUCCUCCGAGUAUUGACUCAAUUAACAUUGGCCUUGAAGGAGUGUCACAGACGGAGUGACGGUGCAGUCACUGUGCACCGUGACUUAAAACCAGCAAAUGUCUUUCUGGAUGGCAAACAGAAUGUGAAACUUGGAGAUUUUGGACUGGCUAGAAUAUUGCAUCAUGAUACCAGCUUUGCCAAAACAUUUGUUGGAACUCCAUAUUAUAUGUCUCCAGAACAAAUGAACCACAUGUCAUACAAUGAAAAAUCUGACAUUUGGUCUCUAGGAUGUCUUCUGUAUGAACUGUGUGCUCUCUCGCCUCCAUUUACAGCUUACAACCAAAAGGAACUGGCAGAAAAGAUAAGGGAAGGGAAGUUCAGAAGAAUACCGUAUCGUUACUCAGAGGAGUUGAACGAACUUCUCAAACAGAUGCUGAAUGUAAAGGAUUAUUGCCGACCUUCUGUUGAAGAUAUUCUGCAGCACCCCUUGAUAGCAGACUUGGUGACAGAAGAACAAAAGCAGAAUUCUGAUAGAAGAUGUUGGAGAUCGUGGGAGCCAGAGAGGCUGCAGUACUCAGAUGCUGCAGCGAAUGAGCUGAAACGGAAGGAACAACAAUUACAGGAGCGAGAAGAAGCCAUUAAAGAGAGAGAACAACGUUUGGAGCAGAGAGAACGGGAGCUCUGUGUGCGAGAGAGACUGGCAGAGGACAAACUUGCUAGAGCUGAAAGCCUGAUGAGGAGCUACGAUCUCCACAAGCAGCAGCGGGCAGUAACUUACGCAGAUGGUCCAGAUAACCCACUCCUGCUUCCCUUUUCUACAACCAAGAAGAAUGUACACUUUGAUGGAAGUGAAGAGAAAGCUGUGUCUCCUAAUAAUAUGGAAAACUAUCUGUUUUCUAAAGACAAAAGCUCUGAUCUCAAAAAACGUCUGUAUGCUGCAAAUCUACGAGCUCAAGCACUGUCUGAACUGGAAAAAAACUAUCAACUAAAGAGCAGACAAAUCUUGGGCAUGCGUUGAAACUGUAACAGAUCUGUUUGUCUUUUAAAAGAUGAUUAAAUGUAUAGGAAGAUC